AUGAGCUCAAGUACAGAGAAGCAGCAGCUCGAGGACCAGAUCAGCUCGCUGCACGCAGACCAGAACAACUGGUCGAUCCCCGAAUCCAGCCGUGUCGCGCUCGACGAGAUCCCAGAUAUCCUGCUCUCGCUCUUUGGCCGCUUUCGAAUCGACUCGAUCUCAAACAUCGACGAUGUGCUCAACCACUUCAUCUCGCCUGCAGAGUCGGUCUUGACACUCAGUGCGCGCAGUCAGGUUGCCGAGAACAGCAACGAUGACGGUCUGCGAAAAGAUAAAGGCAAGACCCGCGCAAGAUCAGCUUCAAACUCGUCGUUCGCGCCGCUGAGCCCCGUCAACUCUGGCGGCUUUGAAGCCUCUGGCGGGACGCACGAGAUGCACGACAGACGUAUUGCGUCGGAUGCAGACGCGACAGGAGUCGGUAAGCCUACGCAGUACUUCACUUCGCGGGUGGGGGACGCGCCCUUUGAGAUCUUCGCCGUGAGGUGGGAUGGGGUCGAGCGCCGACGCGGCGAGGUUUACUCUGACUGCGAGUCUGACGACGCGUCGCCGCCGUCUCCUGUACUGUCUCCUUUGCCCGCCGUCGUGCCCGCUGCUGCGCCUGCUACUGCGCCUGCUGCUGUGCCCACUGCUGCGCCUACUGCCGUGCCUGCUGCUGCGCCUGCUGUGGAGACAGAGCACCACCGACACAACCCAGCAGCUACGAUCGCGCACGAGAUCAAGCGACACAUCCCCCACACCCACGGUCACUCCAAACCUACGACAUCGACAAAGUCUGAAGAGCGAGUGCACACGCACGCGCCCACUGCGCAGACGUUUGCGGGCCUGAUCAAGCUGCCGUCGAAUACGCCGAUCCGCACGAUCGACGCGGACGAGUUCGAUCCCGAGGGCGCGUACCGGCAUAUACUUGUGGAUAUCUCUGCGGCUACGGGGUCGCCGGCGAAGGUCUAUCAGGCGGUGAGUGGGAGUGGGCGGGUGUGGUAUUGGGUGGUGGGAAAGGUUAAUGGGAAGGAUGUGGUGGCUGGUGUGAGUACGUUUGUAGAUAGGGGGAUUAGAGACGAAGAAGAUGAGGAGAGGAAGGAGGAGAAGGAGAAGGAGGAGGAGGAGGGGGAGAAGAAGAAGGAGGAGGAAAAGAAGAAAGAUGAUAGAGGGCUGGAGGAUUUGUAG